UUGCCGCGGGAGCGGCGGGGGCUGCGGGCAUCGCCCCGCGGCGGCAGGCAGAGCCCGGCCGGGGCCGCCCGCAGGGAUGGAAGAGAGGGACUGUCCCCCCGCGCCGUCAUUUCAGCCCGGCCCCGGGUUGCCCGUGCUGCCGGCAGCGGGAGGCGGUCGGCUGGUGAAGGGCAACCGCUCGGCUCGCCCCUGGCUCGCUCCUGUCCCGCCGCGGAGGAGGCUGACGGCUGUCGAGACUCAUCCGUCGGGCUCGAAGACACUUGCAGAAGUAGCAAAGUGAUGUGAAGUUAUCUUCCAAGAUGACUCUUCUACCUGGAGAAAAUUCCGACUAUGACUAUAGUGCCCUGAGCUGUGCUUCAGAUACUUCCUUCAACCACACAUUCUUUCCAGAAACAGAAACCCUUAAGGGAGUCUUUUACCAAAGAGCCAAGCUAAUUCACCCUCAAGAGGAUCUCCUGAAAGGCUUUCACCCUGAUGAUCGGAAGCAUCAUAUUAUUAUAAACGUAGGGGGCAUUAAGUAUUUGCUCCCAUGGACCACGCUUGAUGAGUUCCCAUUGACACGUCUGGGACAACUAAAAUUCUGUAACAAUUUUGACGACAUUCUAAACAUCUGUGAUGAUUACGAUGUGACAUGUAAUGAAUUCUUUUUCGACCGCAACCCAGGAGCAUUCAGGACAAUCCUGACCUUUUUGCGGGUUGGAAAACUUCGGCUCUUGCGUGAGAUGUGUGCGCUGUCUUUCCAAGAGGAGCUGCUCUACUGGGGAAUUGAGGAAGACAACUUGGACUGGUGUUGUAAAAGGAGGUAUCUGCAAAAAAUGGAGGAGUUUACAGAAAUAAAUGAACGGGAGGAUGACCUCAUAGAAAAUGAAACAACAGGUGAAACAGUAGAGGAGACAAAAAUUGGCUUGUGCAUGAAAAAGUUGCAAGACANNNGUACCAACUAAAAUAGUUAUUAUCCAGUGCCGAUUACAAACUCCUCCUCUUUCCUGCAGGGUGAGUGUUCCCAGAUGUGCUACAAUAUUUUCAUUGUGGAGUCUGUCUGUGUGGCAUGGUUUUCCCUGGAGUUCCUGCUGGAAAUCAUCCAGGCAAAGAGCAAGUUUGCAUUUUUGCGGAGACCAUUAACCCUGAUAGACAUAAUAGCCAUUCUGCCAUACUACAUCACUUUGCUAGUAGACACCACUUCAGUGGGCUACAAAAAGCCCAGCUCUGGGAGCAUCUACCUGGACAAAGUAGGUCUGGUCCUCCGUAUUCUCCGUGCCUUGAGGAUUCUCUACGUCAUGCGGCUGGCCAGGCACUCCCUGGGGCUGCAGACGCUGGGGCUGACCGCUCGCAGGUGCACCCGGGAGUUCGGUCUGCUGCUCCUCUUCCUCUGCGUGGCCAUCGCACUGUUUGCACCGCUCCUGUACGUCAUCGAGAACGAGAUGGCGGACUCGCAGGAGUUCACCAGCAUCCCCGCGUGCUACUGGUGGGCUGUCAUCACCAUGACCACGGUAGGCUAUGGGGAUAUGGUUCCCAGAAGCAUUCCCGGCCAAGUGGUGGCACUAAGCAGCAUCCUGAGUGGCAUCCUCCUCAUGGCAUUUCCAGUCACCUCCAUCUUCCACACGUUUUCACGCUCCUACAUUGAGCUAAAGCAAGAACAGGAAAGAAUAAUGUACAGGAGAGCACAGUUCUUAUUAAAAACAAAGUCUCAGAUAACCAGUGCGUCACAAGGUAGUGAUAUUUUAUUCCCCAGUAUCUCUUCUGAGAAUAGGGACAAUGAAUGAAAUUUAAGUUACUAUUUCUCCUGAUGUCAAGUAGUGUUUCGUUGUAUUGGAUUCCAUCUUUUUAUUUGCUUUGGAAGCAUUUUACAAAGGUAACUCUCAUAUUAAAAUGAAGAAAAGGAGCUAUUAACCCGGAACGGAUGUGGUUUAAGUACUCUAUUAUUAUGCUGUUUCUUCCCCCCCCCAGUAUAAUGUAUAGGACAGAUCUUUCCAUAGAUCAUACAGUGGGAUUUUAGGAAUUAAAAGUUCUCUGACAAAAAAAAA